AUGGGGUACCUAGAGAACCUAGAAAGGCUCUGCUACACAAAGCCAGAGGAGCUGGAACCGAACCCCGACGUGGGGGGUAUCGGGGUCUUGAUUGGAUUCAUCUGCACCGCAUGGUUCGUGUUAUUCCUCGCGUUCGUACGCUACGUUAUUGCGUUCGAUCCCAAUGCGAAUCCUUUCCCGAACAAUGACGACAUCGCACCUGUCUCAGGUGACAGAAGCCAGCAGAAGGCAAAUAUGGUUGAUGAGCAUGUCAUUGGAAUGAAGUUGUUCCAAUGGUUACGCCAACGCCCCACGUUACAAAGCCCGGCAAGAUGGGAGGACGCACUGAGAAAGGUGAGUACCAGGGCGCUCUAUCGAUCGUUCUUGCUUGGCUCAUGCAAUCUGCAGUCUGCCUUGAGUUUAUGCGAUGUGCAACUCCUCACAGGCUUGGGUAUUCUUUUUAGCGGAUACAUCAAUCUUGGACUCGACGCUAUAUCUGCUUACCACUGA